CGCCGCGGCCGCGGCCAUGUGGGCGCUGCGAGCGCUGUGCCUGGCCGGGCUGGGCGCGGCGCUCGGCGGCGCCUCUGCGGAUCCGUGCAGCUGGAGGGGCAGCGGGCUGUCGCAGGAGGCGGGCAGCGUGGAGCAGCUCUCCCUGCCGUGCGCCGAGGGCUCUCUGGAAUGGCUGUACCCCACGGGGGCCCUUCGCCUGCGCCUGGCCCCCCGCCUGCCCCCCGCCACCGCCGCCGCCACGGGCGGGAGCCCCCAGCACGUCACGGCCUGCGUCAAACCCGCGGGCACGUCCCGUGGGGCUCAGCUGUACGUGGAACGGGACGGGGCCCUGGAGCUGCUGCUGCCCGAGGCGCCGCGGCCCCGCGUGCGCUGCUUCAGCUGGGCGCCCCACGAGAGGGUGGCCCUGUUCCUGCAGGCCACCCCGCACCGCGACAUCAGCCGCCGCAUCGCCGCCUUCCGCUACGAGCUAAGGGGGGACUGGCUGGCCCGGCCCGCGCUGCCUGCCGCCAGCCUCACCGCGGAGGGGGCUUGUCGGCCGUGCAAUGACACCGAGAUCCUGAUGGCCAUUUGCACUAGUGACUUUGUGAUCCGCGGCAGCAUUCGGAGCGUUUCCAACGAUGUGGAGCUGCAGGAAUCCAUCAUCGGGGUGAGCGCCGCCCGUAUCCACCGCCAGAAGUUCCCCCUGUUCCAGGCUGGGGGGCGGCUGGCGGGCAGCAUCCACACCCCGCUGCGCUGUGGCGUCAGGCCAGGCCCUGGCACCUUCCUCUUCACGGGGUGGCUGCACUUCGGCGAGGCCUGGCUGAGUUGUGCGCCGCGGUACCGGGACUUCCAGCGAAUCUACCAGGGGGCACAGCGCACACGUCAGAACCCCUGCGAGUUCCCCAUGGACUGAGUGGCUUGGGGGUGGGGAAGGACAGCUCGGCCCCACAGGUGCUGGGGGGUCCUGCAGGCAGCAAGAGCAUCCCUGGGGUUGGACGGUGCCUGGAGAGGGGAGCAGUGAUUUGGUCCUCAUCGUGCAGCUGGGCUCCAGCAGCAUCCACCGAUGGGCUGGGGGGGUCCUGAGAAAAUCCUGCUGGAAGGGAAGGGGUUUUCCCAGGGAACUGCCCAGGUGAGGGAUGCUGUGG